AUGCUCUGGACCUCAGAACUUGUCCUAGCUCUUCUCCCCUUUGCUGCCUUCAACGUAGCAUCUCCAACGUCGAGACCAAGGGAUAAAUUCGAUUGGUCGUCCAAAAGGUCACUCAUUGCAUUCGGUGACUCCUAUACCUACGUCCAGGGAACCCAUGGACACCAGAACUACAGCUUCAUCGGCGAUCAAUUGGACUUUUCAUAUGAUGCACAGACCCUGCUAUCAAACAAGAUUGUGCAAAAUCAAACUGCAACUGCAGAGGGAGGGCCCAACUGGGUCGAAUACCUCACAAAAUGCGGUCUCAAGCCAGGCAUGACAUCGCCGAGAACCUGCUCAAAGCAGCUCUGGGACUUUGCAUUUGCGGGAGCAGACAUUUCAACAGAAUACACCCCCCUCCACCAUAACUACACCGUCUCCCUCGUCAACCAAAUCACCCAAUUCAAAACCUACGCCGCUCCAGUCCUCCAAACCUUCCUCCCACCCUCCAAAUCCCUAAUCGCAAUCUGGAUCGGCAUCAACGACGUCGGCGAUAGUUCCAAAUACACCGUAGAUUUCCCAACAUUCUACGGCAAUCUUACCCGCACACUAUUCACCUCCGUAAACGAACUCUACGAUCUAGGCUACAGGUCCUAUCUUCUCAUGAACCUGCCUCCGCUAGACCGUACGCCGGGAAAUCAAGCCACGAGCACACCGCAUCCUAACGCGACGCAGGUAGCAUGGUACAAUGAUGCACUUGUGACAAAGGCAGAGCUGUUCGGGAAGGAGAAGGGGGAUGUGGAAGUGCGGGUGUUCGAUGCGCAUGCGCGGUUGAGCGCGAUGCUGGAUGAGCCGGCUAAGUAUGGGAUUGUGAAUACGACUAAUUUCUGUGCUGGAUAUAAUCAGCCGGAUAUUGAUACUGAUUACAAGGCGUAUGGAUGUCCUACAUCAUUGGACACGUACUUCUGGUUUAAUUCGGGGCAUAUGACGAGCCACGUGCAUCGUAUUUUGGCAGAGGAGCUCGAAGAUUGGUUGAAGGAGUAA